AUGCAAAAUUGGUUCAUCGGUAUCGAGAAAACUUCGACUUUUCAAACCCCAUUAGAAAGCUUCGAGUUCGCGAGUUUCCAAAAAUAUAACGCGGACGGUAGCCCACAUGUGGUUUGCACGGUAUUGCCGUCACAUUGGAGGUCGAACAAGACCCUGCCGGUAGCAUUUAAGGUAGUAGCUCUCGGCGAAGUCGGAGACGGUACCCUCGUGACCGUUCGAGCCGGGAACGAUGAAAAUUGUUGCGCGGAAUUGCGGAAUUCUACCGCCCUAAUGAAAAAUCAAGUCGCCAAAUUCAACGAUCUCAGGUUCGUCGGUAGAAGUGGUAGAGGGAAGAGCUUCACCCUGACGAUCAUGCUGCAGACAUCGCCGCCGCAGGUGGCCACGUUGUCGAAGGCGAUCAAGGUGACUGUGGACGGUCCCAGGGAGCCGCGUUCGAAGACACGACAUCAGGCCUUUCAUCCCUUUCACUUCGGGCCUCGUCCGUUCCCCUUCGGACACCCGCAGGACCCGUUGGGAUUUAAGCUGUCGGGAUUGCAACACCUGGGUCUUGAGCAAGGAGCGGGCCAGGGAUGGGGCGGGUUACCUCGAGGAUCUCUACCACCGCACUGUCUUCCACCUCCCCCCGGCCACCAUCCGCACACACAUCCGCAACCAACAGUUGGUGCAUCGGCCUUCAACCCCUUCCACCAUGCCAUCGAACAAAGAUCCCCGAGACUGCCCGGACCUAACGCCGAAUCCGCAAGGGGCGACUUGGGUCCUAUCAGCGUAUCCGUGCGAGAAGUGACACCGACAACGUCACCCGGGAACCCUGGACCAGGUCUGUUGACGACGGCCUCCGUGACGGCGUCGACGCCUCCCGCCGAGUCAACCACCACCACGACGCCCAACCCGUCUGGGCAUCACUCACACUUUCAAGGUCUUCAUUUGCUGGGUGCCACGGGAUCCAUCUUUGGGUCGAUAUUCGCGCCAUUAUUACCGCAAUCCUCUUGGCUCUAUAACCCUCUGUACCACACGCAGCAGUAUAUCCUGGAGCCGGAAUGGCACGCUCUGGCUCUACGAAUGGCCCAGCAGCGACUGCAAAGGCCGGAUCAGGCCCGAUUGGAAGAGCUCAGAAAACUCAGAAGCAGCAGUGACAGUCCUGAGAGCAGUACGAAGGACGAAGAGCGACGGGGAGAUGAUCAAGGCGUUUUACGUCGAUCCGGAUUAGAUAGUCCCGACGAUAGCAUCGAGGUAGACGAUAGGAACGAUCAAGAUUUGAAUAGAGAUCGCGUCAGAAGCGACGAGUCUAUACCCGAACAAGACUCUCCAAGAAUCUCGCCGAUCAGAAGCGACUUGGAGGACGCCGUAUCCACGGAUGCUACCUUCCAGGAAGCGUCGAUUCACUUGCGGCAGAGCAUAGAGAAUUUGAACGACUCGGAUCUUCAGAUCGAUCAGGAUCAGGUCGCUCGUCGCGGCGAUCUUACUGUGAAAAUCCGUUUAGAGGGCACGGUCGAUCUUAGCACGAAGAAGGGUCAGGAUAAAGAAAACGUCGGUCAGGAUCUGACAACGCGAAGAAAGGAGGAUGGAAUAGACGUCGAACGGGAAGCCAUCAGAUCACGAAGAGACAGAAGUCCUAAGCCUAGACAGGUGUGGAGACCCUAUUAAGAGUUAAAACUAAAUAAGCUCGCUCGGCGAGAAUCCAUCAAACACGACAAUUUUAACGAAUUCCAUGAUCAAGACAAAGAUUGAAGUAAAUAUGAUCUGUAGAUAAAUUUUAUCGUGUGUUCUUCCCGGGAAAAAAAAACUUGAUUUUGAGAGAUAGCGCAUGUUGAUUGAUCUCGUCUCAAUCCGAUGCUUAAAUUCGGAAGCAGACUUUGCACGAUGUUGUAGACUAGUAGUUUAGCAUUGCUAAGCUAUAAUGUAUCAUCAUCGUCAAGAUUGUUGAAAAAUAAAUGGAGAACACGCUCAUAGGACAUCUCGCGCAAUGUAACGCGGUGAAACGUCUGCUUGGAAAUUAAUUAUCAAAAUUUUCGGACGAAUCUUUUGUCGGAAUUACUUAUCUAUCCCUAUGCCCGUUGCGGUAUCGUCUAAGAACUGUCAUGGACUCGAGGACUAACCAGGGUUUACGUUCGCAUAUAGUAUAUGUACAUAUACAAUAACCUCCGAUUAUUAUAUCUAGGUUAAUGUCUCAAAUAUAUGUUAAGCAUCAUCCUCUCUCGUCAUUCCGAUUAAGAAUACUUAAACCUCCUGAAUGUCUCAUCGACUACACGAGUGCGCGAUUAAAGCGCGCGUGCGCGCGAAUACGAUGAUCCUGAAGAAUAAUCUUUCUUAGAUCAGGAUGUGUUUCUCAUUCGGCAAUCGUUUUUAAAUUUUUUUUAUUUUCUCCAAAUAUUGUGUAUCAUCGAUGAUUUUUGAAAAAGAAGAUGAGUAAAGAAAAUAUAUACUCGUGUAGCAGAUGACAUUUAGUUUCCCGGUACAAGCAAAAUUACGAGUAGUUGACGUUGUAAAUACCACAAUCCUUCGAAUCCUGGCCAAGUCACAUCCUCUAUCGAGCUGUCUCUUUUUUUACGAGACAACCUUGUUGUCGUUUGAGGCGAAGAGACAUUGAUAUACAUAUAUAUAUACAUGGAAAAACUUUAUUGUAUAAUUAUCAUUCAUAGGAUCCACAAAUUGUUUUGACGACAUUGUAUGUAUGCGUGACUAUUGGCCUUAAUCAAAAUCAUUCAUUGUUUAAGUACGUCAUCACAAAUAAAGUAAUAUCAUCCGUUC